AUGGAGGAAAUACCAACUACGCCGAUUUCUGUUCUUAAACGCCGCACCCCAUUCAUUGCACACAUACAUAGAGCCAGCUCGACAUCUAGCUCUGCUUCGAGCUUGUCAUAUCCACAGAUCCCUUCUCGCCAUUCGUCCCUUUCUGCGAGCGUGGAAUACGAUUCAAGCGAGCUUGCAACAUCAACCAGAAGCCCGUCUCUCAGUGAUAGUCUUUACAAUAUUGAUGUGGUUAAACUUCGUCAGGAACAUGCUGCAGCUUCCCGAGGUAUCCGCAAGGCUGGCUUUGAUGCGAAUGAAGACCCAUUUAUCGAUCAGACAUCGCGCCGCCGGGUUGAUCCUCGAAGAGGACUCAUGACUCAGAGUGGAUAUCAACUGGCGCCACAACUUCUUGUCCGCUGGAGCUCCGGGUCUUAUGGUUCUAUGGAGCCAUGUCUCUCGUCGAAGUCAGCCUCCGUUUCCGGCGCAAUGGAACCGCCAACAGAUUCCAUCUCGAAACAUAAAUCCAGAAUGGACAGUUCCCGGUCUUUAUCAAACAUGCUGCGCCCAGGGUCAUCCGGGUUACUUUGUCCGUUGGAGCUUCCUGUCGCGUUCGCCACCAUGAGGUCCUACACAGGCUGGCCGUGCAUGGGCACAGAUUCGAUGUCUGUGUGGGCGUCAGUAAAUGUAUCUGCUGAUGUUGAGCCUAUUUCGCUGCCUGAGACCUCGACCCUAGCACCCCUUGACAUUAUCAUACUUUUUGAUAGCUUGCGACAAUCUUCUGUUAGCCUUUUGACGCCAAUGGUCUUGGCAUCUUCUGUGCUUGCUUCAAAUCUGGUCAGCAAUGACAGAAUAGCCGUAGCAUGUGUUGACGGAAGUUCUAAAGACGGUUUUAAGCUAUUCCUUCCGCUGGGGUUCCACCCAUUCGAGACAUUGAGAGCUGCCCUGAAUGAAUUUUCUCUCCGCCAGUUGAAGAAGAAAACGAGAAAAGCCCCUGACGCGAGUAACUCUAUUCGACAGGCAUCUCGACUCUUUUACCCGUCUCCCAGAGCAGCGUUUUGUCAUCUGGUAUUCAUAUCCGCGUUUCCCCCAGAAAAUCUGUUUAUAUCUGGCGUGGACACGGCUAUUGGUAUCCAUACGAUCUCCCCUCAGCCUUGCUUCCCUCUUGGCACAGCAAACCAUCCACUUGGAUGGCACAUUUUCUAUGAUGCCAAUGCAGAUGAUCCACGAUCCUGCGAAGUUCAUUUCAUGCGAAUGGUCUCCAAAGUCAUUCGGCAGCUUCGUACCGGUCUCAGCCCCGGGAUCCUAUCCAACUUGAAAUUGUUUGUUGAGCAGGGCCACGGAUGCCAGUUUGAUUCGGCAAUGGAAGACUGCCACCUGGCGCGGUUACGACCAGGGGAGACGUGGAUACUCAAAGUGAAAAUUGGUGUUCCGAUUGAGUUUUAUCAGGAAACACAAUUGACUGAACAUCCCGUGUUCGAAGACUUGAUCAGGCAGAUCAACAGUGUUCUAAAAGCGUAUUCUUCUGAGCCGGCCGCCCAGCAUGUUCUAAGCGCCCACCUGGAGCACCAGCACUCUUUGCUACCGAAACCCCAUGCUAUUUGCUUGGAAACUCAUUGCACUAUCUCGCGCAUCCCAGGUGUGCCGCCCCGUCCUUCUGACGAUUAUCGCAAGGUUUCAGCGCUAAUGUCGUAUGAAAUGGACGAUGAUGCUAUCAGUAUCAGCUUGGGAUCUUCAAGCGAACUCAGUUGA